GCUCUUACCUCUAAUGGCUGCAGGAUGAAGCGAGCAGAGGCGAGCUCUUCGUGUCUCUUCUCGUUAUGGAUGUCGAUUUCCUGAGUCCGCUACGCGCUGUCUUGUCUUUCAAGCAUGGCUGACAUUCGACCGGAGAAACGUCGCGAAUGCUAGACUAGCGGACUCUCGGUGGUUUUUGGUUCCGCGUACUCUGCUUCAGAUUCCCAUCGGUCGCACUUCUUGAAUUUUUAAUGAGAGCGAGGUUACUGGAGUUCAUUGGCAUUUUCUGACUCUGGAGCUCGAGGCAGCAGUUAUCACGUGAUCCUGGUAGGAUACACACAUACUGAUCAUCCAUAACAUUGCGACUAUCCACCUAAUCUUGAUGGGACAGCCAGCUGUGCAAUGGCGGUGAAGGAGCGGCUAGAGUCUGUCCUGAAUGUGGGCCUGCGGGUUCCCAGCAUCAUGUUGCUGGAGGUGCUAUACCGCUGGGACGUGAGCUCAUUCUUCCAGAAGAUCCAGAGGAGCAGUAUGAAUAACAAUCCCCUCUUCCAGUACAAGUACCUAGCCCUCUACCUGCACUAUGUAGGCUAUAUUCUGAGUCUGGUUUUGCUGACCCUGCCUCGUCAGCGUCUGGUUCAGCUCUACCUGUAUGUUGUCACCGCUCUGCUGCUUUUUGCUGGACACCAGAUUUCAAGAGACUACGUUCGUGGUGAGCUAGAGUCUGGGUAUGAAGGCCCACUUUAUUUGGAGCCGCUGUCUAUGAACCGCUUCACCACAGCCUUGAUGUGCCAGUUGGUGGUGUGUACCCUGUGCUCAUGCGUCAUGCAGACCAAGAGGAUCUGGCUUUUUUCUGCCCACUUACUCCCCCUGGUAGCCAGAUUGUGUCUUGUGCCUCUGGAGACCAUUGUGUUUGUAAAUCGCUUUGCCAUGAUUUUCACUGGACUAGAGGUCAUCUACUUUCUAGCAUCUAACCUGCUAGUUCCCUUCAACCUCGCCAAGACUGCAUACCGGGAAUUGGCACAGGUGGUGGAGGUGUAUGGGCUCCUGGCCCUUGGCAUGUCCCUGUGGAAUCAGCUUGUUUUACCCGUGCUGUUCAUGUGCUUCUGGCUAGUUCUUUUUGCUCUGCAGAUCUACACGUAUUUUAGCACUCGAGACCAGCCCACGUCCAGGGAGAGGUUGCUUUUUCUUUUUCUCACCAGUAUUGCGGAAUGUUGUAGUACUCCAUACUCAUUACUCGGACUGGUCUUCACUGUGUCAUUUGUAGCCCUGGGUGUGCUCACGCUCUGCAAGUUCUACCUGCAGGGCUACAGGGCCUUUAUGAAUGAUAACACAAUGCACAGGGGAAUGACUGAGGGAAUUACAUUGUUGAUUCUGGCAGUUCAAACUGGUCUAAUUGAGCUCCAGGUCAUCCACCGAGCAUUCCUUCUCAGUAUUAUUCUCUUUAUUGUGGUUGCCUCCAUUUUGCAGUCCAUGCUGGAGAUUGCUGACCCCAUAGUGCUGGCACUAGGGGCAUCUAGAGAUAAGAGCUUGUGGAAGCACUUCCGUGCUGUCAGCCUGUGCUUGUUUUUACUCGUAUUUCCAGCGUACAUGUCCUACAUGAUCUGCCAGUUUUUUCACAUGGAUUUUUGGCUCCUGAUCAUCAUCUCCUCCAGCAUCCUUACAUCACUGCAGGUGUUGGGCACAUUGCUGAUCUAUGUUCUCUUCAUGGUGGAGGAGUUGCGCAAGGUGCCAAUGGAGAACAUGGACGAUGUGAUCUACUUUGUGAAUGGCACCUACCGGAUGCUGGAGUUUGUAGUGGCCCUUUGUGUAGUAGCAUAUGGUAUUUGUGAGACUGUGUUUGGUGAAUGGACUGUCAUGGGCUCAACUAUUGUGCUUGUACACUCCUAUUACAAUGUGUGGCUGCGGGCACAGCUGGGUUGGCAGAGUUUUUUACUCCGUCGCGAUGCCGUCAAUAAGAUCAAGAGCUUGCCUACAGCCUCCGAACAGCAGCUGCAGCAACACAAUGACAUCUGCUCCAUCUGCUAUCAGGACAUGACUUCAGCUGUCAUCACACCGUGUAAUCAUUUCUUUCAUGCUGGUUGUUUAAAGAAGUGGCUGUAUGUGCAGGAGGCCUGUCCUCUGUGCCACAACCAGCUAAAGAGCUCAGCACAGCGGGAGGUGGGUACAGAUGAGUACCCACAACUCGAUGCCACAAUCCAGGAGGCCCAACCUGAAGCACCAGGGCCUUCUUCGGCUGAGGUGGAAAGCGGUCAGGAACGGGAAGUGGAGGCCAACACUUCUGCUGAGACUCCGCUUCCUCUGUCCUGUUCCACAGGUUAAUGACUGCUUGUGCCAGGCUCUUAGAACAGAAAUGAGCCACACCUUUCUGAUGUCAUAUUCGUACUCCGUAAAUGCUGGCCAAAGGAGGAGGAGUAUUUCUAAAUAAGGGAUUUGGUGGGUAGCAGCGCUACUGGUGAGGUAGCUUUAGCACCUGUGUACCCAACCGACAUCCUUUCAAUCAAAUGCUCCAUGUUAUGUCAUUUGUACUUAUCUGUAAACCUGUUGCUGCUUUUAUAACUCCUAUUUCUGUUAACUGCAGUGGCAAUACUAAACAUUAGCUUGCUAACCUGCAACGCUUCCAUGUCAAUCCAAGGACUAGAGGACAAGACUACAACGAGGUUCUAGACCUUACCCAAACUGAAUGUGACCAUGUGUCCCUUAGACAUAGAAAGUGCAUUGGUGCACUAUAUUUAUAUGCACCCAGUACAUAUUCACUAGCACGCUUUUAGUAUUCGCAUAUAGUGAUAUGUUUGUUUUUUGCAAUGGUUUUUAUAUAUAUAUAUAUAUAUAUAUAUAUAUAUAUAUAUAUAUAUAUAAACCAUUGCAUUUGCACUAAUGUAACAGAAAAGCAAUGCUCCAAAGUUGUCUUGUCAGGUACCAAAUAUUUUGGUGUAUAUGCGCAUUGAAACAAGUUCUAUAUAUGAAAUAUAGUUAGUACAUAGUGUAAAUGUCUUUGUAAAACUGUUUUGAUUUGCUACAGUGUUAAGCAGCACCAGGUGUGUGAAGUGGCUGAGGCUUGUAUGAACACGACAUGACCUUGUGUGGUCAAAGUGGGAAAAGCUAAAGGCCAUGGAUGUGAACUGGUGAAAGAAGAUGACCAAACUCCCUUUCAUCAGUAUUAUUUGGCAUUUAUUGCACUUGUGAGCAUGAAUACAUUUAACAAUGUAUGAGCAGACUAAGCAAUGCCAUUUUUUGUUUUUGUUUUCAACUUAAGUAGUUUUUACAAAAGGACACCAGGCUUGGAGGAAAAGGAUUUUUUACAUUUAUUAAAGGGGGAGGGGGAUUUUUUUAAAGAAUGUUUCAGACAUAUUUUGCCACUUUAACUGAGAUUGAAGAGCCUGAUCCUUGCAUCAUUCUGAUUUUUUUUUUCUCUGUGUUGCUGUUUUACUACAUGAAUAUGUGGAACAAUGUCCUGAGUGAGCCAACUGUUUGGAUUGCAACUGAGCUCAGUAAAAUAUGCCUGAGGUUUGACAAUGAAUGUGAGAAUAAAUCUAAAUCUACCAUAUGAAA